AGAGCGCUGCGGUCUAAUCCUCCAUCCACUCCUCAAACUCCAGAAGAAGCAGCUGCUUCACAACACUCAGCGCGAUGGAGGCCAGUGAUGCAGGUCGAGCCGGCUGGAAGACUCCUCAGAAGAGUAAGAUGACUGUGAUCAUGAGACAGGAGGAGCUGAUCGCGCAGAAGAAGAGAGAGAUCGAGGCCAGACUGAACCAGCAGCAGAAGCAGCAGCCGAAGCAGAACAAAACCAGCAGUCCCCCCCCCUCACAGGCGUCUUCAUCCUCAUCAUCCUCCUCAUCUAAUAAGUUUGUGAAUGACGGCAGUUUCCUGCAGCAGUUUCUGAAGAUGCAGCGAGAGAAAUCCAGCGCUGAUGAAGCAUCGCGCGGCUCCGCCCCCAGCGGAUCUCAAGCUCAGAAGAAGAGCGUUCUGAUCGGCAAGCGUCAGGGUCUGAGCGUCACCAGCAUGAUCAGUCAGUUCAGAAACUACUCUCAGUGCAAGAAGACGACGCUGCCUGCGGCCCGACUCAGUGUGUUCAGCUCCCCCGAUGAUGAAGAGGAGGAAGAGGAGGAUGCACUCUUUCUGGAGGUCAAAGUUUCCCCCCCAGAGGACGCAGACCUGCGGCUCGUCAUCGAUAAGAUGGCCUCGUUUGUCGCCGAAGGCGGUGCUGAGCUGGAGAAGAAGGCCAUGGAGGACUACAGAGACGAUCCUGUGUUCUCGUUCUUGUUUGAGAAGAGCAGUAAGGAGUAUCUGUACUACAGGAGGAGAGUGGCGGAGAUCAGACGAGACGCGGCAGCUCAGGCCGAAGGUGAGCGCUCAGAAACACACAAUCAGGAGCUGAGCAGUCUGGGAUAUAAGAAGGGGAAGCCGGUCGGUCUGGUGGGCGUGACGGAGCUGUCAGACGAACAGAAGAAACAACUCAAAGAACAACAGGAAAUGCAGGAGAUGUUCGACAUGAUCAUGAAGCACAAGCGUGCGAUGCAGGACAUGCAGCUGUUGUGGGAGAAAACCAUCAAAAACCACCAGCACGAGUACGACAGCGAUGAGGAGCUGGAUCCUGAGGACGGAACCUGGGAGCAUCGGCUCAGACAGAUGGAGAUGGAGAAGACCCGAGAGUGGGCGGAGCAGCUGACGGACAUGGGCAAAGGGAAGCACUUCAUUGGUGACUUCCUGCCUCCGGAUGAGCUGGAGAAGUUCAUGGAGACGUUUAAAGCUCUGAAGGAGGGCAGAGAUCCAGAUUACUCCGAGUACAAAGAGUUCAAGCUGACGGUGGAGAACAUCGGCUUCAAGAUGCUGAUGAAGAUGGGCUGGAAGGAGGGCGAUGGUCUGGGCUCAGAUGGACAGGGCAUCAAAAACCCCGUCAACAGAGGCUCCACGGCAGUGGACGGCGCAGGCUUCGGUGUGGACCGACCCGCUGAACUCUCGAAGAGUGAUGAUGAGUUCGAUGCUUUCCGUAAGAGGAUGAUGCUGGCGUAUCGCUUCAGACCGAACCCUCUGAACAAUCCCAGGAGGCCGUACUACUGAACCAGCAGCAUCUCCUGUGUUUACUCAUAACAGGUUGAAUUAUGAUGUGCUUUCUUUCAGUCGUCACAGCCUCGAGCCCUUCGUGUGUUUCUGUUUGUUUAUUUAAAGAUGCUGAUUUAGUACAUUUAUUCAAAACUGUAAAAGCCCACAAUAUAGUCAGCUGUGUAAUCUAAUAUUAACAUCGGUGCAAGUUCCUGGAUUGUUUGUGUGUUGAUGAGCACAGAUAUUACAAAUGAAACCUCACGACUGCUUCGACCUGCACAAACCGUCUCAGUCAUGUUGGGUUCAUUACAGUCCUGAUUAAACUCAUCCCUGUGUCCUGGACUCUGUGAGAUCAAUUAAACGUCUGUGCUUUGAAACG